UAUUGCAGUGUCGGUAUAUCCAUAUCUAUUACACCACCGGCCAUAGUGAUAACAACUACGCCAACGCAGGGAAUUUUUCAUAGUUAUCACGGUAGUCGGUGAUAUAGUAGAUGUUUGACUGGCUUCACUAUGUUAAAAUUGGAAAUGUAAAUUGAAAAUACUAAAAUUUUGAUAUCGUGCCAAUUUCUAGUUUCAUUUUAUUAAACAAUAUGAGUCAAAAACAUCUUAAAAGUAAAUUUGUUAGGCAAUUUUUAUGUGCUACACAUGUUUCAACAAUAGAUUUUGAUGAGUUAUGUGAAAGCGAUGUGAGUCUUAUACUGGACUUAUUAUCUCAUGAAAUAUUACAAAAGUAUCCGUUGAAAGUGUCGUAUUUGGCCAAGUUUUUGAAACAGUUAAUAAAUCAAAUGGAAAAAAAAGAAAAUGAACUAUGUGAUGAAAUUUACUACAAAUAUAUUGAAUUAAUACAGCAAGACAUUAAUAAUGGCCCAUUUUACAAACACUAUGCUUUUAUUAUAAAUGAAACUAAUGAAGUCCAAUCAAUUUUAACUAUUAAAGAAAGUACAAGUUUUGUGUGUAAUGGAACAACUGGUCUAUGUACAUGGCAAGCAGGUAUUGCAAUGGCUUUUUGGUUUAUAAAAAAUACAGAAAAAAUUGAUGGCCGAUUUGUAUUAGAAUUAGGAUGUGGAACAGGUUUAAGUGGGUUAAGUGCCUGUGUAAACUGCAAACCAAGAGAAUAUUGGUUCACUGAUUGUCAUUUGGCAGUGUUAGAAUCUUUAAAACAUAACAUUGAAGUGAAUGUGACACGUAAUAAAAUUGGUUGUAUUAUAAAAACUAUGCAACUUUCUUGGGACAAUAUAAAUGAUGGUUUAUUCCUUGAAAAUAUACCAGAUGUGAUAUUAGCAGCAGAUGUAGUAUAUGAUGUUGAGAUGUUCGAUUCAUUAUGCCAGACAUUAAAAUGGUUUUUAUCAAAUGGCACAGUUGAAGUAUAUUUAUUUUGCACUUUAAGAAAUCAUAGUACUUAUAGAAAAUUUCUUGAGACUCUAAAAUGUUUUCACCUGAAUUUUAAUCAAGAUACUAUAGCUAAUAAUUAUUCAGAUUUACUUAUACAAGAUUGUCCAAUUAAUGUAAUUAAUAUAAAAUCAAAUGCAACAUAAUGAAAAAUUUUGUCUAUAUUUUUCUAUGUUAGGAAUUUACCAAAAUUGUAUAAAAUAUAUUAAAAUAAAAAAAUUAUUUUUUAGCUGGAUCAUUUUUUGAUUUGAUUUUUGA